GACCGACGGCGCGCUCCGGCGGGCGGGGGCCCUGACCUCGGGCAGCAGGGCACUCGGGCGGGGGGCCGGGCGACCGCUGAGCGAGGCGGGAAAGUCCGUCCGCCCGGAGCCGCGAAGUUGCCAGCGCGCGAGGGCAGGAGGGGGACCGCGCUGUCCGCCCGCGCCACGGGACCCACGCGAGGCCGGGAAACCAGCCCUGGGAUUCUCCGCGCCGGGCCGUGUCCGGGGUCCACGCCAAGCCUGGGGGAAGGCAGGCUGGCAGACACACACCCCAGGAUACAGAUCAACUUUUGCAAAAGAUGUGUCCCGCAUCCUUCCUGGGGCACCUGCUGUAAAUAGAAUGAAUGCCUCCAAGGAGUAAACAUUGUGCUGGGAAGACAACACUUCUGAACUAUAUUUUGACAGAGCAACAUAGUAAAAGAGUAGCUGUUAUUUUAAAUGAAUUUGGGGAAGGAAGUGCCGUGGAGAAAUCUUUAGCCGUCAGCCAGGGUGGAGAGCUGUAUGAAGAGUGGCUGGAACUUAGAAACGGUUGCCUCUGCUGUUCAGUAAAGGACAAUGGCCUUAGAGCUAUUGAGAAUUUGAUGCAGAAGAAGGGGAAAUUUGAUUACAUACUAUUAGAGACCACUGGGUUAGCAGAUCCUGGUGCUGUAGCCUCUAUGUUUUGGGUUGAUGCUGAAUUAGGGGUCGACAUUUAUCUUGAUGGUAUCAUAACUGUGGUGGAUUCAAAAUAUGGAUUAAAACAUUUAGAAGAAGAAAAACCUGAUGGCCUUAUCAAUGAAGCUUCUAGGCAAGUUGCUUUGGCAGAUAUUAUCAUCGUUAAUAAAACAGACUUGAUUUCAGAAGAGGAUUUAAAGAAAUUAAGAACAACCAUUAGAUCAAUAAAUGGACUGGGAAAAAUUUUAGAAACACAAAGAUCAAGAGUUGAUCUCUCUAAUGUGUUAGAUCUUCAUGCCUUUGACAGUCUUUCUGGAAUAAGUUUGCAGAAAAAACUUCAACAUGUGCCAACAACACAGCCUCACCUAGAUCAGAGCGUUCUUACAGUGACAUUUGAAGUACCAGGAAAUGCUAAGGAAGAAAGUCUGAAUGUAUUUAUUCAGAAUCUUCUGUGGGAGAAGAAUGUGAGGAACAAGGAUGGUGACUGCAUGGAGGUCAUACGGCUAAAGGGGCUGGUGUCGAUCAAAGACAAACUAAAACAGGUGAUUGUCCAAGGUGUCCAUGAGCUCUAUGACCUGGAGGAGACCCCGCUGAGCUGGAAAGAUGACACAGAGAGAACAAAUCGAUUGGUUCUUAUUGGCAGGAAUUUAGAUAAGGAGAUCCUUAAACAACUAUUUAUAGCUACUGUGACUGAAACAGAAAAGCGGUGGAUGGCACAUUGCAAAGAAGAUCAAGUUUGUCCAUAACACUAGAAGCAUUUCUAAUCAAAGGGACUGGGUGAUAAAUCGGGAAUAAGUUUCCUACUGGUUAUAUGUCAAGCAUCUGUUCUUUGUGUUACUUCUGUUAUGAAUUCCAGUGUACUUUAGUGUUUAUUUAAUGGAACAUGUAAAAUUUAGUAGAUAAGUACUAUAAAACAUUUGACAUUCAUACAAUAAAACAUAAUACCCUCUGAA